AUGUCCGGUGCCAGGAAUAUUUCAGUCGCUCUGCGAAGGGCUCGUGUGCCCAAGCCUCGCUGCUUGUUCCGCCCUGUCGCUGCGGUCCAGACUCCCUCCUUCGCCGCCACACGCACCUUCACUGUUACCGCCAGCGCCAAUGCGACCAAGGAGAUUCAGUACACCACCAAUGCUUAUCCCAACCUCAAGCGUGACCCGAAGUUCGCCGAAAUCUCUGCCGACGAUGUCAAAUUCUUCAAGGAGUUGCUGGGCGCACAGUCCGCCGUGAUCGAUGGAGUGACCGCCGACAACGCUGAUGAUAUCGAACCCUUCAACAGCGACUGGAUGCGCAAGUACCGUGGCCAGACCAAGUUGGUCCUGAAGCCCCAGACCACCGAGGAGGUUAGCAAGGUGCUACAAUACUGUAAUGAGAAGAAGUUGGCUGUUGUGCCCCAGGGAGGCAACACGGGAUUGGUCGGAGGCUCCGUGCCCGUCUUCGACGAGAUCGUCAUCAACCUUUCCCGCAUGAACCAGAUCCACUCCUUCGAUGAAGCGUCCGGAGUCUUGGUGGUUGACUCUGGUGUUAUCCUGGAGGUAGCUGACCAGUACUUGGCCGAGCGGAACCACCUUUUCCCGCUGGACCUGGGUGCUAAGGGCUCAUGCCAUGUCGGCGGUAACGUUGCCACCAACGCCGGUGGUCUGCGUCUGCUCCGCUAUGGCAGUCUUCACGGUACUGUGCUUGGUGUUGAAGCGGUGCUGGCAGAUGGAACCGUCGUGGAUGCUAUGUCGACCCUGCGCAAGAACAACACUGGCUAUGACUUGAAGCAACUGUUUAUUGGCGCCGAAGGUACCAUUGGCAUUAUUACGAAGGUCUCUAUUCAAUGUCCUUCUCGCCCCAAGGCCGUUAACGUCGCGUAUUUCGGAGUGGAGAGCUAUGACCAGGUCCGCAAGGCUUACCAGGAGGCCAAGGGACACCUGUCCGAAAUCCUUUCCGCUUUCGAGUUGAUGGAUGGGCGCACUCAGAAGCUGGUUCACGAGUCGACUGGCAACAACUAUCCCCUCGAAACCGAGUAUCCUUUCUACUGUCUGGUGGAGACCAGUGGUUCUAACGCUGAGCAUGAUAUGGCUAAGCUGGAGACCUUCUUGGAACACGUCAUGGGUGAGGGCAUUGUCGCGGAUGGUGUUUUGGCUCAGGAUGAGACUCAAUUCCACUCGAUCUGGCGGUGGAGAGAGGGUAUUACGGAGGCCUUGAGCCACUUGGGCGGGACCUACAAGUAUGACGUCUCCAUUCCUCUGCCCGAGCUGUACCAGCUGGUUGAGGACUGCAAGGAGCGUUUGACGAAGCUUGGCUUCGUGGGAGAUGACGAUUCCUUCCCUGUUCGGGCCGUUGUCGGCUAUGGUCACAUGGGUGAUUCCAACCUGCACUUGAACAUUUCUGUGCGGCAGUACAACAAGGAAGUCGAGAAGGCCAUCGAGCCUUGGGUGUAUGAGUGGAUCCAGCAGCGCAAAGGUAGCAUCAGCGCAGAACACGGCCUGGGUCUGGCCAAGAAGGAAUUCAUCGGAUACAGCCAGAAUGAGACGAUGGUGAAGUUGAUGAAGCAGUUGAAGAACUUGUAUGACCCGAACGGAAUCAUGAACCCGUAUAAGUAUAUCUAG